UUAAUGGUCAAAGUCAAAGCGCAGAUAAAGUGAGAGUGCGUCUUUGUUUUUGAUUCAGCAAUAAGUGAGUUAAAUACACAUUUGACUGGUUUUUAAAUCUGAUGAUGAAGCUGUUAGUGCUGCUGCUGUUGGCCCUGCCAGCUCUGUUCACCAACCCAGUGCUGUCACUGGACCCAAGUCUGGGGGGCAGAGUUCCAAAUAUUACAGCCAACAACUCUACUUAUGAAGCUCGUGCAACUCCGGUGGAGAUUGACAACGAGCUGAGUCCACCUUCCCUGUUCAAGUUUGAGCAAACCAACCUGGAAUGGCAGACCUUUAAUGGCUCUAUCCCCAACGGAGCAAUUUUAAUCCACAAUGAUUAUGCCAAGCGUGUAGACUACGUUUGCCAGUUCUGGUGCCUAGCCGGCUUCUACAACCCUGACAUGGGUCCAUACUGCCACUACUCCGACAGAGGGAACACGUAUGUUAAUCUUUUUUGGCCAUUUAAGAUCCUGGUGAACAAAGACAACUUUGAGAUCAUGGAAUGGAAGGACGGCUCCUAUGGUUCAGUGCCUCAGAAUUCAGUCUACACCUGCAUCCCCAAAAACAUCUAUGUUGGGAAGAAUGAGUAUGGUCUUGGAAAGGUGGAUGUUAAAGAUAAGGUCUUCUACCUUCCCUGGGGAGAUUCCGAGUACUGGUACAAUACUUACCAGGUCCUGACCUUUGACACGGAUAUAGACAGCGAGCACAUUUAUGAUGUCAAGUAUGAGACUGCUGGGGUUCAGAUCGUUCAGUAUCCUCCAGAGGCCAUGGACAAGUCCACCAUCACCAACCAUGAGUCUGAGCCAGUGACAGGGACGGCGACGCUCUCAAAGACCAUCCAAGUGGAGCAUAAGUGGGACACCAGCUUUUCCAUCACAGUUGGCGUCAAAACUAGCGUCACUGCAGGAAUCCCCAUAAUCGGCUCUGUAGAUAUUGAGUUUAGCGUAGAGACAACGGUCGAGCUCACCUGGGAGACCACCUACAUCGAGUCGAUCACCCACACCGUUUCUGUUCAGUACAAUGUCCCAGCAAACCACUCCUGCACCAUCAAUAUGGUGGGAUACAAGUACGGGGCAGACAUCCCUUACACGGCACGCCUCAGCCGCACCUACAGCGACGGACAGACCACAGGGACAUCCAUCUCUGGGAACUACAGCAGCAUUCAAGUCGGAGAGGUCCAGAUUGUGGCGGAUCCCUGUGUACCUGUACCUGAGCCCACACCCAGUCCCUGAAGGACUGAUGGAAGAGGCUCCAAGAGAUACAAUACCUGACAUAUUGUAUGUUGGAUACUCAUAACUUUAUAAUGAAACACUGAAAAAUAAACAAACAACAUUGUUUACAACAAAUUAAGUUUUAUAACUAAGAUCCUUACUGCCAAGAUCCUCACCCCCUC